AUGGGGACGCUCCUCUGGCCGAGGCCGGCCACCACGGCCUUCGCGCCGCCCAUUGCCGCCGGCCCCUCCGCCGCGCACGUGGUGGCUGGCGGCGGCGUCAAGGGCCGGCCGCGGCGGGUGUCCCUGGCGCUCCGCUGCCCGGACCAGCGACCGCGAGUAAUCCAGGACGGGAGGGGGCGAUGGGCGGCUUCGAGAUCGUACGUCGCCGCCGGUGGCGCCGCUGCUGCUGCCGGCGAUUCGUCCCGUGCGCUCCCAGACCUGCAAAUGGCUUCGAGGAUCAGAGGGGUCUUCUUCUACAUGGUGACAUCUGCCGCGGCGAUCGUCUUGUUUAUAGCCAUGGUCGUGGUUCAUCCACUUGUGCUCUUAUUUGACCGACACCGCAGGAGAGCUCAGCACUACAUUGCCAAGAUUUGGGCUACUUUGGCAAUUUCCAUGUUCUACAAGCUUGAAUUCGAGGGAAUGGAGAAUCUACCUCCAAAUACUAGCCCCGCUGUCUAUGUUGCGAACCAUCAGAGCUUCUUGGAUAUCUAUACCCUUCUAACUCUAGGAAGGUGCUUCAAGUUUAUCAGCAAGACCAGUAUCUUUAUGAUUCCAAUUAUUGGGUGGGCAAUGUAUCUCUUGGGUGUCAUUCCUUUGCGGCGUAUGGACAGCAGGAGCCAGUUGGAUUGUCUUAAACGGUGUGUGGAUUUGGUGAAAAGGGGAGCAUCCGUAUUUUUCUUUCCGGAGGGCACUCGAAGUAAAGAUGGAAAACUAGGUGUAUUUAAGCGAGGAGCAUUUAGUGUCGCAGCAAAGACGGGCGUUCCUGUGGUUCCUAUUACUCUUCUUGGGACAGGGAAGCUGAUGCCUCCUGGAAUGGAAGGCAAUCUUAAUUCAGGUUCAGUAAAGGUCAUUAUUCACCGUCCAGUUGAAGGGGAUAAUGCAGAGAAAUUAUGUAGCAACGCAAGGAGUGUGAUAGCGGACACUCUUCUUCUACAUGGUUAUGGAGUGCACUAAAGUGGCUGAUUUUGCUUAUACCAGUGGAUUACAGAACUUAGUACAAGGCCCAGGUUCUCAAGGCAAAGAUUGUUUACAAUUUAUUUACAGAAUGAAGAGAGGCUGGAAGGAGAAUAAGAAUGACUUGUGAUCGUUAGCUGUUCUGACUUAUUUUUUUCGACAGUACUGUUCUGACUUGUAAAAUAGGCUUUUUGAUGUACUUCGCUUUUUUUGCCCCUGUUCUGUAUUUGACAUUACGAAGAUGUAUAAGUGGACACGGACUCAUCUUGAUUCAGAUGUUGUCAAAUUCUUUAAACCGGAAAGGAAAGGAAACAAAGACACAUAUAUCUUUUCA